AUGGUGGUUGGUGAAUCACGGACAGAGCUAUUGCAAUGGCUCAACACCAUACUCGAUUUGAACUACACCAAGAUUGAGCAAUGUGGCACAGGAGCUGCAUUUUGUCAAUUGAUGGACUCAAUUGCGGGCGGAGUUGCUUUGAACAAGGUGAAAUUUAAUGCCAACACUGAAUAUGCAUAUCGCCAUAACUGGAAGAUACUUCAACUGGAGUUUAAUAAGCAUCGUAUUACCAAGAAUAUUGAUGUUGAAAGAUUGAUCAAGUGUCGACUACAAGAUAAUUUGGACUUGUUACAAUGGUUCAAGAGAUAUUGGAAUGAAAAUGCUGACGUGAAUAAACAAUAUGAUGCAUUGAGUAAAAGAAAUGGACUUGUCAAUGGCGGUGGAAGCAGUCCCUAUAGUACGUUGAAUCUGAUGCCCAAUGCCACUAUGAAUGAAAAGUCAACUUUGAAACAAUUAGGUCCACCUGCUGGGGUUUCGACUACUGCUAAUAGAAGGCGUCAAGUUAGUCAAAGUCCCCGUAUUGGCAACACUGUGAACCGAAGUAGUAGUGGCUACGGCAGUGAUCACAAUAUGCAAUUUAGUGGUACUCACAGAGUGAAUCUGGACCCAAUUGAGCAGGAGAGAGGGGUAGGGGGAGGUGGUCAUUUUUCAUCUACUCCACAGAAUCAGCACAGCAAGGAUGUGUUAUCGUCCAACUAUACUAGUAGUAAUAUGUCAGCUAGAGUGAGACCCAGGAAAUCGGUUACUCCUACUACUUCUUCAAAAGUCACAACUCCAGUUCAGCAAUCAAGAAGAAGUUCGGAUAGACUGGUUAGGAGAGUACCCUCGCAGCUUGGUGGUGGUGGUGGUGGUAGUGGUAGUGGUGACACUUUGUCGUCCUUUCAGACUACGCCCUCAGCUACCGUGAAUGUCUACACACAUAACGGUAAUCACGGGCGUCACUCGCAUGCCAACAGCAGUAACAGCACAAAUGGGAGUAUGAAUGGUGGUGGUGGUAAUGGUGGUAACAAUACGGGCCAUGCUGGUGACAAUGGUGACAAUAACCAUGGAUAUCACAUUACUAAUGAGGAAGUUGAACAACUACUCGAGCGAAAUGAACAGCUAGAGACGCAAUUGACUGAAUACAAGCUCAAUUGUGAUACUUUACAAGUUGAAAGGAAUUUCUAUUUCAACAAGUGUCGUGACAUUGAGAUAUUGGUUCAAAAUAUAGAAGGUGAUACAGCACUAGUUUCACAAUUGGAUGUAUUAACAUUGUUGAAAAAGAUUGAGGAUACAUUGUAUGCUACUCAAGAAGGUUUCAGUUCCGUGGAAGUGCAUAAUGUUGCUAUUGAUGGUGGUGGUGAUGAUGAUGGUAUGCUAGAUAAUGAGUUUUAG